AUGACUCGACUCAGCGCGAUUCUCCCCUUCGCUCUGGGCUCGCUGGCCCUUGCCAGUCAGGAUGCUUUCCAGUCCAAAUGCAGCCAAUUCGCAAAGAAGAUCGAUCUUCCCAAUGUCAAGGUCAACUUCGCCGAAUACGUGCAGGCUGGUACCAACCUGUCUCUGCCAGAUAAUGCACCCAGCUGUGGUGCAUCCUCGCAGUCUGUCUCGGUGGAUCUUUGCCGUGUCGCAAUGGCCGUUUCUACCUCCAACAGUAGUGAAAUAACGUUGGAAGCUUGGUUUCCACGAGAGUACAAGGGCCGCUUCUUGAGCACUGGCAAUGGUGGUCUUUCUGGAUGCAUUCAAUAUUACGACCUGGCAUAUACUGCCCAACUAGGCUUUGCUACGGUUGGGGCCAACAAUGGACACAAUGGAACCUCAGGCGAACCAUUCUACAAACACCCUGAGGUCAUUGAAGAUUUUGCCUAUCGCUCUAUCCACACUGGAGUUGUGGUCGGCAAGGAGCUCACCAAGAAGUUUUACGAUAAUGGCUACGAUAAGAGUUAUUACCUCGGAUGCUCUACAGGUGGUCGACAGGGGUGGAAGUCAGUGCAGAAGUACCCCGAUGACUUCGAUGGGGUUGUCGCAGGUGCUCCUGCCAUAAACUUCAUUGGAUUGCUUUCAUGGAGUGCACACUUUUAUCCCAUCACGGGACCCCCUUCUUCCAAGACAUACCUUACAGCUGCCGAAUGGAAGAUUGCCCACAAAGAGAUCAUUCGUCAAUGCGAUGCCAUUGAUGGAGCCAAGGACGGCAUCAUCGAAGACACGGAUAUGUGCCACCCUAUUUUGGAGACGCUUAUCUGCAAGUCCAACGCCAAAAGCAAAGCAAACUGUCUCUCCCCGGAGCAGGUCAACACCGUUCAACAGAUUUUAUCACCUGUCUAUGGGAUUAAUGGAACUUUGAUCUAUCCACGCAUGCAGCCUGGCUCCGAGGUUCUGGCCCAGCCCAUCAUGUACAACGGUGAACCCUUCGAAUACAGCAAGGACUGGUGGCGAUACGUUGUCUACAACGACCCUUCGUACAGUGGCGCAAAUUGGACCGUCAAAGAUGCCGCUGCUGCCUUCGCUCAGAACCCAUAUGAUAUCCAGACUUGGAACGCCGAUAUCUCGCCGUUCCAAAAGGCCGGGGGCAAGGUCCUUCAUUAUCAUGGUAUGCAGGAUCAGCUUAUCAGCUCGGACGACUCCAAGUGGUAUUACUCUCGCGUUGCGCAGGAAAUGGACAUGGCACCCUCCGAAUUAGAUGAAUUCUACCGUUUCUUCACAAUCAGUGGCAUGGGUCACUGUGGUGGUGGUGAUGGAGCGUAUGGUAUUGGCCAGGGCACCGGUACCUAUGCUGGCAGUGAUCCCAAGGACAAUGUCCUCAUGGCUAUGGUCAAAUGGGUUGAGGAGGGUGUUGCUCCUGAUUACGUUCGUGGGGCUAAGUUCUCGAAUGGCCCUGGCUCGAAGAUUGAAUACCACCGCAAGCACUGCAAAUACCCCCGUCACAAUGUCUAUAAGGGUCCUGGAGACUAUACCGACGAGAAUGCCUGGCAAUGUGUUUAA